UAGAUUUAGGGGUAUGAUUAGGUUUAGGGUUAGAUUUAGUGGUAUGGUUAGGUUUAGGGGUAGGGAUAGGUGUAGGGUUUCUGUAGGACUCUAAAUAAACACAAAAGAACAGUGUAUUCACAUUCAAUGCGGCUCUCGCGAGACUUUAGGUAACUGGAGAUUCAAAUGUAUUAAUGUAAACCGCAGUCCAAACCGAAAGUAAAAGAAAAGAAUAGACGCCAUUCUGAGGAUGUAACCCGAAACAUCGUUGAUUUAAACCCCAGUAAUUUGUGGAGGAAGAGAAAAAAAGGAGCAUCUCCAGAACCUAGCUGUGUAUCUCUGAAGAGUGACCAGUCUAUGAUGGAUCCCCCUGGAUUAAGUGACGAAACAGUGACCUCUGACCCCAGGAGGAAGAGAACAAAAUGGAGCAUCUCCAGAACCUAGCUGUGUGUCACUGAAGAGUGACCACUCUAUGAUGCAUCCCCCUGCAUUAAGAGAUGAAGCAGUGACCUCUGACCCCAGGAGGAAGAGAAAAAAAGGAGCAUCUCCAGAACCUAGCUGUGUGUCUCUGAAGAGUGACCACUCUAUGAUGCAUCCCCUUGAAUUUAGUGAUGAAGCAGUGACCCAUGAGCCUGUGAGGAACAUAAAUAAGAUUAUCAGACCUUUGAAGUCCAGUCAGACCCACAUCAGGGAGCAUGACAUAGAAUCAGCCCUUAAGACACACACACAGUUGGAAGAGACUGAAGACCCGCAGCAGGAUUCUUACCAACCAGUAAAUAAUGUCCUGCAGAGAGUCAAAGACCAACACAAAACCAGCAUGAAGAACAAGUAUGAGAUCUUAUUUGAGGGAAUCAAAAUACAAGAGAAUGAAACCCUCCUGAACAGGAUUUACACACAGCUCUACAUCAUAGAGGGAGAGAAUGAAGUGGUGAAUGAAGAACAUGAGGUUUUACACAUGGAGAAAACAUCCAGAACUCAACACUUACAAGACACUCCAAUCUACUGCAAUGACAUCUUUAAACCCUUACCUGAACCAGGAUGUGAGGAGAAGACAAAAGACCAAAUAAAGACUGUUCUUACUAAAGGCAUCGCUGGAAUUGGAAAAACAGUCUCUGUGCAGAAGUUUAUUCUGGACUGGGCCGAGGGAAAAGCCAAUCAGGAUGUAGAUUUCAUGUUUGUGCUUCCAUUUCGAGAGCUGAACUUGAUUAAAGAUGAGCAGUACAGUCUUCACAAACUUCUGCUGGACUUUUAUCCUGAACUUCAGGAUCUGGACUCAAAGAUUUAUGAUGAGUGUAAAGUUGUGUUCAUCUUUGAUGGUCUGGAUGAAAGCAGAAUUCCACUGAUGUUUUCAGACAGUGAGAAAGUUUCUGAUGUGACUAAGACUUCAUCAGUGGGUGUGUUGAUGUCAAACCUCAUCAAAGGAGAUCUGCUUCCCUCUGCUCUUAUCUGGAUUACCUCCAGACCAGCAGCAGCCAAUCAGAUCCCCAACAAAUACAUCAAGCGUGUGACAGAAAUUCAGGGAUUCAAUGACCCUCAGAAGGAGGAAUAUUUCAGGAAGAGAAUCAGUGAUAAGCAUCAAGCCAGCAGAAUCAUCUCACACAUUAAAAAAGCAAGAAGCCUCCACAUCAUGUGCCACAUACCAGUCUUCUGUUGGAUCUCAUCCACUGUGCUUCAAAACAUCCUGAAACAAGAUGACAGUGCAGAAAUCCCUCAAACUCUGACUGAAAUGUACAUCCACUUCCUGCUCAUUCAGAUCAAUAUGAGGAAUCAGAAGUAUGAAAAGAGAGAUCCAGAGGAACUCCUGAAGUCCAACAGAGAAGUGAUUGUGAAACUUGCUGAACUGGCUUUCAAACAGCUGAUGAAGGGCAAUGUCAUGUUCUAUGAGGAGGACCUGAGAGAGAGCAGCAUAGACCUCACUGAUGCCUCAGUGUAUUCUGGGAUCUGCACUGAGAUCUUUAAGGAGGAAUCUGUGAUUCAUCAGGGGAAAGUCUACUGCUUCAUACAUCGGAGCUAUCAGGAGUUUCUGGCGGCUUUCUAUGUGUUUUAUUGCCAUUUAAGUGGCACCAUGGAGGCCCUUAAGGUUUUUGAUAUGCUUCUUAAUUUGCUCAGAGGAGUAGUAGAUAAAGCCCUGCAGAGUGAAAAUGGACAGCUGGAUCUUUUCCUACGAUUUCUGUUGGGCAUCUCACUGGAGUCCAAUCAGAGACUCUUACAGGAUCUACUGACACACACAGAGAACAACUCAGAGUGCAUCAAGAAAACCUCACAGUACAUUAAAGACAAAAUCAAGAGUGACAAACAUCUCUCGACCGAAAGAUCCAUCAAUCUAUUCCUCUGUCUGCUGGAGAUGAAAGAUCAGACUCUGUACAGAGAGAUUCAGGAGUUUGUGAAAUCAGAUAAACACUCAGAGAAUAAACUCUCUCCUGCUCAAUGUUCUGCAAUCGCCUACAUGCUUCAGAUGUCAGAGGAGGUGCUGGAUGAGCUGGACCUGAUGAAAUACAACACAUCAGAGGAGGGUAGAAGAAGACUGAUAUCAGCUGUGAGCAACUGCAGAAAAGCUCUACUUGCUGACUGUAAUCUCACUGCUCAAAGCUGUGAAAGUUUGGCUUCAGUUCUACAGUCAUCAAAGUCCCUCCUGAGAGAGCUGGAUCUGAGUAACAAUGACCUGCAGGAUUCUGGAGUGAAGCUGCUCUCUAAUGCACUGAAGAGUCCAAACUGUACACUGGAGAUACUGAGAUUAUCAGGCUGUAUGGUGACAGAGGAAGGCUGUUGUUAUGUGGCUUCAGCACUAAGUUCAAACCCCUCACACCUGAAAGAGCUGGAUAUGAGCUACAAUCACCCAGGAGAAUCAGGAGUCAAACUGCUCUCUGAGAGACUCAACGACCCAAAAUGCACACUGGACAAGCUUAAUUUGGACUAUGGAGAGCCCUCCAGGAUCAAAUUGGGACUAAGAAAAUAUGCAUGUGAUCUCACGCUGGAUCCAAACACAGUAGACGCUAAUCUCAUUCUGUCUGAGGAGAACAGGAAGGUGACAUACGUGACAAAGGAGCAGCUGUAUCCUGAUCAUCCAGAUAGAUUUGUUGGCAUUCACCAGGUUCUGUGUAGAGAGUGUCUGACUGGACGCUGUUACUGGGAGGCUGAAUGGAGCGGCUGGGGUCAUACUGCAGUGACAUAUAAAGGAAUCAGCAGGAAAGAGAAUAACCGUAGGUUUGGACUGAAUAAUAUGUCCUGGAGUCUUUUUUGUACUAAUGAUGGAUACACCAUCUGGCAUAAUAAUGAGGGCACUGUCAUACCUUCUCCUUCAUCACCCUCUAAUAGAGUAGGAGUGUAUCUGGACUGGCUUGCUGGCACUCUGUCCUUCUACAGCGUCUCUGACACACACACACUCACACACUUACACACAUUCAGCACCACGUUCACUGAACCCGUCUAUGCUGCAUUUGGGGUUUAUGAUGAUUCCUCAGUGUCUCUGUGUCAGAUUAAACAACAGACACACACACUAUGAGUUUUGCCUAUAAGGUAGGAUCUCAGUCUGACAACACAAUUACCAUUUAGAAUUCGAGAGCUACUUAUGCAUAUAUAUAUAUAUAUAUAUAUAUAUAUAUAUAUAUAUAUAUAUAUAUAAUACUGUAAUGUAUAUAUGUAUUAUGCAUCAUGGCUAAAGUAAAUAAUCUAUGUCCUUUGAUAACCAUUUGGGUCAAAAUGAAUGAAAAACAAUGCUUCAGAAUCUCAGCCUCCAUAUUCUUAAACUGGGUGCCGCUGACAGCUUUGGAUUUUUUAAUAAAAGGGAAAUGAUACGGGACCAUUUUUAUGUACUCUGCCAUGUUGCACACAUAAACUGUAAUCCCUGUGUAAGAGGGAUCGCUCACUGGUCAGAACAGCAUUUCAUCUUUUGUGAUGAACUAGACUUUAAAGAUGGAGUGUGUAAUUUCUGCGCUACUAGUGGCACCAAACGGAAUUACAAAAAUAAAGUAUGUUUUCAAACAACCUUUGCCAACACCCCUCAGACUCAUCAUGCCCUUUCGCACUCUCUGAUUCCCUAUGAACAAAUAGGCAUUUCUAAAUAAAAGAUGAUAAAUGUUUAAUGUCGUAAUAUACAAGACAACUAUAACAUAAACACACUUGACAGAAAGCAUUGCAGAAGAAUCGGCUUGUCCGAUAACAUUGCCGGUGUUAAGGAUCAACUGGUUUUCAUGUUAAAUGUGGAGUAAGCAAUUCCUGAGAAAGACUGUUGAUAUUUGAACUCAACAGCCAAACAAAUACACCCCUCUGUUCAGUGCUCCUUCAGAAGCUUGUGUGGAUCGGUCUGAUCCACUUUGUUAAUUUUACCAUUUACAGAGCCAGGGCUGUGUACAAACAUUUAUUCAGCACGCACACAGAAUGGACAGCUAGCGGACUGUAAAGAGAUAUUCAUGGAAUUUGAAAAAAAGUGUAUUGGAUUAAAAUUACACACUCCACCUUUAAUAAAAAUUUUCUAUCUAUAAAGCAUGUAUUUUUGUAAUAUUACCUUAUAUUUUUGUUUAAAAUUGUUUACAUUUAGUACAUUAAAAUGCUUUCUCUAAUAUUAGCCUAAUACGCAGAGACAACUUAAGUAAACCAUUCGAAUGGUAAUUUUAUCAAAAAGUGUAAACAUUUAAAACAUUGAUUGUUUGACCAUCUGUCUGGUCCGACAAAGCAACAUUGACUCAUCCAGUGGUGUGAGGGACUAGUAGCAGAUGGUGGGAGUGUUAAAACCAUUAUUUGGUGAUGUUAGAGGUUGCAGAAAUGAUACUCCUGUACAUUAUCAGGGAUUUUUAUGUUUGUAUCUUUUUUAUAAAUUUUAUUUAACUCAGAUUUUAAAGUUGACGUAAAAAUAAAAAAAAAUUAAAGUCACCUCCUCUAAGUAA